CAGCGGAUUCCCCUACGGGACAAGGGAGUCGACAAGGGAUCAUAUUAUGGCGGCCAAAUUUCGUCUCUUUUUAUCAACAAACGUCUUUUUAAACACGAAUAACUUACGUUAUUCCGUAAGACUCUGCUCAUCUCUAACCCAGACCAACAGUUUACGUACCAGCAGAGCAAAUAACCAUAUAUCGUAUUUGAAUACCGUGAAAAUGGCUUCGUAUACCACAGGGAAGUCUGGUGUAGUAGAUCUGUCUGGUAUUUACCCUCCAAUAGUAACACCGUUUGAUAGUAAUGAGGACGUAUACGAUAAGGGACUGCAAGAUAACAUGGAGAUGUGGAAUUCUAUUCCUUUUAGAGGAUAUGUCGUCCAGGGAUCUAAUGGAGAGUCUGCAUACAUGCGUCCAGAAGAGAAGGUUGAAUUAGUACAUAAAGUGAGACAGCUUGCUCCACAAGACAAGCUUAUUCUAGCUGGUUCAGGCUGCGAAGUAACGAGAGAUACUAUUGAGAUGACCAGGAAAAUGGCUGAUGCUGGUGCUGAUGCAGCUCUUGUAGUAACCCCCUGCUUUUUUAAAGGCAGCAUGACCGCUGAUGCUUUGGUAGCCCAUUAUAUCAAGGUAGCAGACAAUUCCCCAAUUCCAGUGAUAUUGUACAGUGUUCCUGCCAACACUGGGAUUGACAUGUCAGCAGAUGUUGUAAUCAAACUCUCCUCACAUCCAAACAUUAUUGGUGUCAAGGACAGUGGAGGAGAUAUAACAAAGAUAGGAUACAUGAUUCACAAGACAGCUGAACAUAAUUUCCAGGUGCUUGCUGGUUCAGCAAGCUUCCUUUUAGCAUCAUACAGCCUUGGUGCUGUUGGUGGUGUAUGUGCCCUGGCUAAUUCACUUGGCAGGGAGGUCACUCAACUUCAUCAGUUAUUCAAAGAGGGGAAAAUGGAAGAAGCCAAACUAUUACAACAUAAGCUAAUCCUGCCAAACACAGCUGUGACUAAGACAUAUGGAGUAUCAGGUCUAAAAGCCUCCAUGGAAAUGAUGGGAUACUACGGUGGUCCUACGAGAUCACCUCUUCUUCCACUCAAAGAACCACAACUAACAGAACUCAGGAAGAUUUUCAGCAUUUUCGAUGGUUUUAAAUGAUUUUUUGACAUUUGAUAUUCCAUGGGAGACUAAGUCUAAAGUAUUACAUAUAUCAGGGUUCGUGCUACUCCUUAAACUCCUUGAAAACUCCUUGAAUUUAAUUCACGUUUUCAAGGGCACUUGAAAAGCUCUUGAGUUUUACGAUUUUAGCGAAACUCCUUGAA